AGGAGGCUGAGGGGAGACCUUGUGGCUCUUAUUGAGAGCAAACACGAAGUCACAAUCUUAGGAGGACUCAAUGAAUUUGUUGUGAAGUUUUAUGGACCACAAGGAACACCAUAUGAAGGUGGAGUAUGGAAAGUUAGAGUCGACCUUCCUGAUAAAUACCCAUUCAAAUCCCCGUCUAUAGGAUUCAUGAAUAAAAUUUUCCAUCCCAACAUUGACGAAGCGUCAGGAACUGUAUGUCUAGAUGUAAUCAAUCAAACUUGGACAGCUCUCUACG